UCGAGUGUUCUAUUGACACAACAUGAAACACACACAUGACAGAACAGGCUGCAACAACAACAUAGCCACAACUAAAUGACACCCACGAAGAGGGAGAGAAAGAGAGACGCCACUACCUCUCUGCGUGGCUCGCUCGCACAACCGUGACCCAGAGAAACCCGUUUGGAAUUUGCUUCUCUUUUAUCUAAAUUCACUUAGAGCUCGGAAAGGGGAAAAGUGUAUAUGGGGUUGCUGCCAAUGAGGAUGUUUCUAAAUCAUUGUAAACUUUCCAAUUCUGGAUUGAUUCUUUCGGUCGACAUGUUGGAGGGUCCAACCUUUCUUGUUUCGAGGGACUUACCGAGCUCAUGCGAGCAAGAGACCAGGUGGAUUUACAAUUCCUACUGCGUGAUGCAGCUGACAAAAAAUAAGCGUGGACUGGAGCUAGAGGAAGAAGCUGUGCUGAGAAAGUCAUGCAAGCUUUCAGAUGCUCCUGAGGAAGGGGAAACAAAGAAGAACAUCCAAGAUCUUUCCCCAUCCCUUAACCAAGCAAAUGACCAAAAUCAUGCAAGUGACCAGUCAGACUCGACUUCACUUAUCUACCAACUUGGUCGGGACAUCUCAAUUAAUUGUCUCCUACGAUGUUCAAGGUCUGACUAUGGUUCGAUUGCCUCAUUGAACCAAAGUUUUCGGUCUCUCAUCCGGACCGGAGAGCUUUACAGGCUGAGGCGGCAGAUGGGUAUCAUAGAGCAUUGGGUUUACUUCUCUUGCAAUCUCCCUGAAUGGGAGGCAUUUGAUCCAAACACUGGUAGAUGGAUGCGCUUGCCUAGAAUGCCUUCUAAUGAAUGCUUUAUCUGUUCAGAUAAGGAGUCAUUGGCUGUUGGUACAGAGCUUCUUGUUUUUGGAAAGGAGAUAAUGUCUCCUGUCAUAUACAGAUAUAGCAUUCUGAUGAACUCAUGGUCAUCUGGUAUGGAAAUGAAUGUUCCUAGAUGCCUGUUUGGUUCUGCCAGCCUUGGAGAAGUUGCCAUAUUAGCUGGUGGUUGUGAUCCGCGUGGCAACAUUUUGAGCUCUGCAGAGCUUUAUAACUCAGAAACUGGGACAUGGGAGCUUCUACCAAACAUGAAUAAAGCUAGGAAAAUGUGUUCUGGUGUAUUUAUAGAUGGGAAAUUUUAUGUCAUUGGUGGGAUUGGAGUAGGUAACUCACGGCAGUUAACAUGUGGUGAAGAGUUUGAUCUGCAGACAAGAAAGUGGAGAGAAAUACCCAACAUGUUCCCUAGGAGAAAUGGAGGAUCUGAGGUGACUGAUGUUUCGGCUGCUGCUGAGGCACCUCCGUUGGUUGCAGUUGUAAAUAAUGUAUUGUAUGCUGCAGAUUAUGCCCUACAAGAGGUAAGGAGAUAUGAUAAAGACAAUAAUUCAUGGGUCACUAUUGGAAGAUUACCUGAUCGAAUAGUCUCAAUGAAUGGCUGGGGAUUAGCCUUUCGUGCAUGUGGGAAUAGGCUAAUUGUUAUUGGUGGGCCAAGAGCUUUGGAUGGAAGGGUAAUUGAGAUCAAUGCAUGUGUCCCUGGUGAAGGUGUGCCAGAGUGGAACCUGCUUGCUAGCCGGCAAUCAGGAAGCUUUGUGUAUAACUGCGCAGUGAUGGGAUGCUGAGAAGUGUGCUUUUGGUGAUAAAGCUGUAUGGAUUUCUUCUGAAUGGAAUUAACAUUCUUCACUUUCAAGGAGAGAUGAUUCUGCUAAUGGGUAAUAUGCCCACUUUUUGGGGUAAAUGUUUACUCCUAUUUAGAGUAAUAGAUACAGUUUUAGAAGGUUCACAAAUAUGGGUCUUUUCAUUUUAAGUGAUCAUGAUGGUUUUCAAAUGUUGACACCAUGAAUGGUGAAUAAUUAGCUCUCGGUACAUGUUGGGUUGCAAUUACCUUUUUCAUAAGUUCAAUUGAUGCGUUGCAGAAUUGUAACUGAUCUCA